AAUAAUUUAGGAGAAGAAGAAGACCACGAACUUCCGGUCUGUGUUACAGUAUUUUUCGUCCGUAUCCUGUUUCGGUCCGAAAUGAAAAUAUAGCAGUGAAGGGAGUGGGAUUGAUUUUGAUCAACAUUUGAUGCACAAUGGCUGUGGCCAUGAGUUCACGGUGUCCAGGCCUGUACUGUGGGAGGAUCAUGGUCAACGGAUCAGUGGAGGGAGACUGUGGAGUUUGUCCUCGAGGAGAGCGUGCAAGCUCGCUGAAGGUGUGUGAACGCUGCACGGAGGCCCCUGAGCCCUACGACUGGCUCUACCUGGGCUUCAUGGCCAUGCUGCCUCUCGUGCUGCACUGGUUCUUCAUCGAGUGGUACUCCGGGAAGAAGAGCUCUAGCGCUCUGCUGCAGCACUUCACAGCCAUGUUGGAGUGCAGCGUGUCGGCGGUGGUCACCCUGCUGGUCAUAGAGCCGGUGGGAAUGCUCAGUAUUCGUUCCUGUCGAGUCCUUAUGCUGUCAGACUGGUACACAAUGCUGUACAACCCCAGUCCGGACUACGUCAACACGUUACACUGCACACAGGAGGCCGUCUACCCACUCUACACCAUCGUCUUGAUCUACUACGCGUUCUGCUUGGUGCUGAUGAUGCUGCUGCGCCCUCUGCUGGUGAAGAAGAUCGCGUGCGGUUUGGGAAAAUCUGAUCGCUUCAAGAGCAUCUACGCUGCUCUGUACUUCUUCCCCAUCCUCACAGUGCUGCAGGCGGUGGGAGGAGGUCUGCUCUAUUACGCGUUUCCAUACAUCAUUCUGGUCCUGUCUCUGGUCACUCUGGCUGUGUACAUGUCGGCCUCUGAGAUUCAGUCCUUUAAACAUCUGGUCGCUAAGAAGAAGCGUCUGGUCGUCCUGUUCAGCCACUGGCUGCUCCACGCGUACGGCAUCAUCUCCAUCUCUCGGCUGGACAAGCUGGAGCAGGACCUGCCGCUGUUGGCUCUGGUGCCCGGCCCCGCCCUCUUCUACAUCGCCACGGCGAAGUUCACCGAGCCGAGCCGGAUCCUGUCCGAGGGCGGCAACGGACACUGAGCUCCUCUGAUCUGACCGGCAAUGUUAAGUAAAACUCGACAAGUAACCGAGCCUUCAGUGGACCUCCUGCUGUGUUACUGAGGGGGGGAGUCUCAUGGUUAAUGAGAUCAAACCGUCUCGUUAAGUUUGAGAGAAUUUUUGCCCAUUUUCAGCCAUUUUUCUUUCAACCUGAACGAGCCAUACCAUCUGAAAACAUGUGUCUUCAUCUCUCUGACCAGUUGUUGUUGGAGAGGAUCUGCACACUGCUGCAGCUCAGUUCACAUCUCACGUGACUUAAUCUCACUUUAACACUUAAAAAAACAAGUCGCACACCGCUUACAUAACUGUUUACAACAUUUCAUGCUACCAUGCGAGUAACUACUGCUUCUAUUCCAUGCUCCUAUUGUCCAUAAAAAUAAUGACAAACACCAACAACAGGUAACCCAUAGAGUCAAAACUAAUGUUUAUAAA